UACAAUUUGUUUUGAUUUUUCUCAGUGAAACACGUGUGAACGAAGUUUUCGUUUUUGCUUCUUGUUUUAAAUUAAAAUUACAAUUAUUUAUUAAUAAUGGGUCGUAAAUUUGUAAAGAAAAAUAAACCACAACCUUUAGAAAUUGUUCCAAUGGAUGAAAAUCCACCUUUACCACCGCAAAGGUCAUCUGAUGAAACUUUGCCGAAAAGGGAAAAAUGGGUUAAUAAGCAACGCGUCUUAGUGUUUGCAGCUCGAGGUAUUAAUCACAGAGACAGACAUUUAAUGCGUGAUAUAAAAACACUGAUGCCACACCAUCGACCAGAAUCUAAAAUGGAAAGGUCCAAAACUCUUUCAGUUAUUAACGAAAUGUGUGAAAUGAAGCACUGUAAUAAGACUAUAUUGUUCGAGGGUAGACGAAAACGCGAUCUUUAUAUGUGGGUAUCUAAUAUACCGAAUGGUCCAUCAGUUAAAUUUCUUGUAGAGAAUAUACACACAAUGGCUGAAUUAAAAAUGACUGGCAAUUGCCUACGCGGAUCGCGUCCUCUACUUUCUUUUGAUGCUAAGUUUGAUGAAGUUCCAUUUUUAAAAUUAAUUAAAGAGCUUUUCACGCAAACGUUUGCUGUACCAAAUCACCAUCCUAAAAGCCAACCAUUUAUAGAUCAUGUCUUCACGUUUACAUAUUUAGAUAAACGUAUAUGGUUCCGUAACUUUCAAAUAUUAUCUGAAGAUGGUGGUUUAGCUGAGGUAGGACCAAGAUUUGUUAUGAAUCCUGUAAAAAUAUUUGAAGGAUCUUUCUCCGGAAAUACGCUUUGGGAAAACGCAGAUUACAUCAGUCCUGCGAAACAUCGUCAAGCCCUUAAGAAAGUGGCUAAAGAAAAAUAUGUUAGCAGAGUAGAUCAAAAAGUACGUCAAAAAGCUACGCAACCACAAAAUGCCUACGAGGGCUUAGAAAACGAUGAAUUAUUUGAAAAUGACGAUCCUAUCAAAAUAGCAAAACUCUUAGCAGAAAAAGCAAAACAAAAGGUUCAAAAAGAUGUUAUUAACAAAAAGAAACCUAAGGAGGCAUUAACAAAGAAAAUAAAGGAAAAACAAUUGAAAGCUGCUUGUGAAAUUAUAGAGAAAAAGAAAGGAAAAACAAAAAUUACA